ACUGGCACUGGGCUAUUCCUGGGCAGCAAUGGCGGCGAGUCAGACGGCGGCGGCCGUGGUGGGGGGUACAGGUGGGCAGGGUGGAGGCGGCACCGGGCAGGGAGGAGGUGGUCUCGGCGGCGGAGCAGGGGGCGUCGUCAGCACGGUACCCGGUGUGUGUCCCGGCUCGUUGUCCGUGUUCCCCAGCUUCCCCAAUGGACCGCACUGGAGCACAGGAACCCUGCACCAUCACACCGUGCGCAGCCUGGACCGGGCCCUGGAGGAGGCGGUGUGCUCCGGCAUCCUGAACCUGAGUGGCCGCAAGCUGAGGGACUUCCCGGGCAGCGGCUAUGAUCUGACGGACACCACACAAGCAGACCUCUCCAAAAACAGAUUUACAGAGAUACCACAUGAUGUUUGCCUGUUUGCACCACUUGAAACCUUAAAUUUAUAUCACAACUGCAUCAAGUGCAUUCCUGAGACAAUUAAGCAUCUUCAAAUGUUAACAUAUUUAAACAUCAGUCGAAAUCUUCUUUCCACGUUGCCAAAAUAUCUUUUUGACUUGCCACUGAAAGUGUUGGUCGUUAGUAAUAAUAAACUGUUGUCCAUUCCUGAGGAGGUUGGAAAAUUGAGAGAUUUAAUGGAACUGGAUGUUAGCUGUAAUGAAAUACAAGUUCUUCCUUCACAAGUAGGAAAACUCCAUUCACUUAGAGAAAUUAAUUUGAGAAGGAAUAAUCUCCAUGUCUUGCCAGAUGAGUUGUCAUCUCUUCCUUUGGUAAAACUGGAUUUUUCAUGUAAUAAGGUUACAGAGAUCCCUGUAAGUUACAGGAAGCUGCGUAACCUUGAAGCACUGGUACUGGAUAAUAAUCCUAUGCAGUUACCUCCAGCACAGAUUUGCCUGAAGGGGAAGGUGCACAUAUUUAAGUUUCUGAAUAUUCAUGCUUGCUGCAGGACAGAGAAAAAGCCAGAUUCUCUCGACUUGCCCUCAUUAGCGAAAAGAAUCCCUUCUCAGCCGCUCACAGAUAGCAUCGAAGACUUCUAUCCAAGUAAAAACCAUGGCCCUGACUCUGGGAUUGGCAGCGACAAUGGAGAUAAACGUCUGUCAACGACUGAACCAUCAGACGACGACACAAUCAGCCUUCACUCUCAGGUAUCAGAGUCAAGAGACCAAGCACUGAAAAAUGACAAUCACUUAGUAGGAAGUAAGCUGGAUUCACACAAAGCAGGUCAUGAUCAGGAAAUUUAUGACUAUGACCCCAGUGCUGAUGACACGGUCCUAUCUGAUCAUGGUGAUGUUCAGCUUACUGGUCCCUUUGUUUCUUAUAUUAAGGAACGAGGAAAACUAAGCGAUAAAUCUGCGAAGGUGGAAGAGAAUGAAGAAUGGGAAGAAGAGCAAAGGCUACAGAAAGAGCAGCUGUUGGUGGAAGAGGAAGAAGAGGAUGAAAUAAAGGAAGUUACGGAUCUGAGGAAAAUAGCAGCACAAUUAUUACAGCAAGAAAAGCACAACAGACGGAGGCCAUUAAAUUAUAGAACUUCAUUCAGUGAAAAGCUCUUCCAGAGGACGAGAGCCGCUGGGCGGGCGUCAAGAUUUCUUAACCACGCCACUUCAGGAAGCACAAAAGACCGACCAAAGCAGAGCAAGGGAUCAGAGAAAUGUGGACCUUCCGGAGAUCAUUCACAAUUGUCCCCAUGUAAUUGGCAGGAAGGAGAGAGAGACCGGAUUAGUGAGCAUGGAUGGUCAGCAGCUGAGUACGCAGUUUGGCAAACAGAGGAGAGACGGAGAUCUAAGCAGACGAGGAAAGAGUAUUUCAAGAACAAAUCUUCUCGGAAGUGCUCAAGCGGAAAUGAAAAUGAUGAGCAAAACAGUGAUAGUGCAAAUGUGUCACCCUCAUCUCCUGUAUCAUCUGAGGACUGUGAAAGGUCACAUAGUAAUUCUCCAACCCCGUUUGGAUUGAAGCCAAGGUCAGCUUAUAGCCGCUCCUCUCGGCAAGACUACGGAUCCUUAGAUCCAGGGUUCACAAUGAGAAGAAAAAUGGAGCAUCUAAGAGAAGAAAGAGAGCAAAUAAAACUGCUACGUAAUAAUCUGGAGUCCAGACUGAAGGUCAUUUUGCCAGAUGAUAUUGGGGCAGCACUCAUGGAUGGAGUAGUUUUGUGCCAUUUAGCCAAUCAUAUCCGACCCCGUUCAGUUGGCAGCAUUCACGUUCCCUCACCAGCAGUGCCUAAACUCAGCAUGGCAAAGUGCAGGCGCAAUGUUGAAAACUUCCUUGAUGCAUGCAAGAAACUUGGCGUUCCGCAUGACCGACUCUGUUUGCCGCAUCACAUCUUAGAAGAGAGGGGCCUGGUGAAAGUUGGCGUCACAAUACAGGCGCUGUUAGAACUACCCUUACUGAGAGCAUCACAGCUUUCGUCAGUGUAAACCACCAUGAAAGCCUACCGCAACCAUAGACGUUCUUGUGACUUUGAGUGAAGUCCCAUGAAUGGACUCGCCACUGAGACUUCUUUCUAUAAAGUCUUGUUAGCCCUAAAAGGGAACUGUGCACAGAUACUGUUUUUUUCCCUAAUUGUAGAGAAUUGCAGUAUUUCUUUUUUUUUUUUUUCCUCUUUUUUUUUUUCUUUUCACCAUCUGAUUUUUAGAACUUUGAAACUGUAAAAUACCACUGACUGCAUAUGUAUAUUUUUGUUUUCUGCCUGUGCGUUUGGGAGUAUUACAGAAUUCAUAAACGCACUGUUUUAGAAAGAUA